GUGACAGAGAUGUGAGAGAUGAUCAACAGUGGCAGAUGUACAGGGAGAGAUAUAGACUGAGUGAAUAAAAUAACUAGAGUGAGAGUGACAGAACGAGACAGAGAAACAGUACAUGAGUGAUAGAGGGAGGUAGACUGAUAUUUGUGUUCGUUUGAUCAGAAGGAUGAGUGAAGCCGGAAGCAUCUUAACCCUGGAAGACAUCCCUGAGGGAAGGCUAGAGAAAAAGGGCUCCAUCAAGAAGAAGAUAGAGAAGCUGAGGAGAUGGAGCUCCUGCAGUAUAAAAAGGCCUUCUAAGAAGACUAAGACCAGAAGCCUGUCCUCCGCUACAGAGGGACCAGAGGAGACCUGGGGGCUCAAGACCCCCGAGAGGAGGAGGCUCAAACCCAUCAUCGCCUCUGUCUUCGGGCAGGACAGAGACCUACGGCCAGAAGAGAUUGAAGAGCUGAAGGAGGCGUUCGGGGAGUUUGACAAGGAUAAAGAUGGUUACAUCAGCUGUAAGGAACUUGGAGAGUGCAUGAGGACUAUGGGGUACAUGCCCACUGAGAUGGAGCUCAUCGAACUCAGCCAGAACAUCUGUGGCGGCAGAGUGGACUUUGAGGACUUUGUGGAGCUGAUGGGUCCUAAGAUGUUGGCAGAGACAGCAGACAUGAUAGGAGUGAAGGAGCUCAGGGAUGCUUUCAAAGAAUUUGACUCUAACGGGGACGGUCAGAUCAGCCUGGCUGAACUGAAGGAGGCCAUGAAGAAGCUGGUGGGGGAGCAGCUCAACCAACCGGAGAUUGACGAGAUCCUCAGAGACGUUGACCUCAACGGGGACGGCCUGCUCGACUUCGAGGAGUUUGUCAGGAUGAUGUCUCGCUGACUCUCCUGGCCAGAAGACCAUGAUGACAUGACUAGUCAACAACAACAACCUCCUCUAUUAGAUGUUAUGGACCAGUCCUCAGUAUGUUGUUGUACAUUUAAUUACAAUAUUAUUGAUGUACAAAUAUUUAAUGUUGUUUUUAGGGUAUUUGUUGAUACUUUUGUAUUGCUAUAGCAACAAUCCCUAAUAAUACUGUAUGUAUGUUUUUGUUGUAUAAAUGUAACGUUAUAAUAAUAAUAAUAAUAAUUGUAUUUGUAAAGUGCUUUUCAUGCAUUAUGUUUAAAGUGCUACACUAUGUUAUCAGUUAAAGUGAUGCUCUUGUAUAGUUUCAGCCAGCAGUUUUGAAAGUAGUGCUAACGAGCCAAAACGGGUCGCUGAAAGUUGUGCACAAUUGUGUAUUACGUCAUCCAUUUUGUAUGAUAUGUUACGUCUUGAAAAAAAACACAAUAUUAUGAUACGAAUUCCAAUUCGUACAAUAUGUUACGAAUUUGUAAGUGCUUCAGAUCCCGGACUGCAUCAUUUAAAAAAAUACUGAUUUAUUGAUAAAUUAUUUUCAUAUUAUUGAUCAGAGACUAAGAGCAGAGUAAAGGUCUGAUUAUAUCAUAGUGAUGUUGACAUACAGUUGAAGUCGGAAGUUUACAUACACCUUAUAUUUAAACCAAAUACAUUUAAACUCAGUUUUUCACAA